AUGUCAAUAAUCCCUCAAAUUUAUCAAUAUUUAAUAAAAGUUUUAGUAUAUAAAACGCAGUAUUCACCCGUGAAUUUUAUCGUGACAACGACUUUGGUCGCACGUCAACAUCGUGAAAUGGGAAAAUCGUUUCAUUGUUUGGGCCUAACGGAUGUUGAUAAGGCCAGAGAUAGUGCAACUAAUUGGACAUUUCAUAUUGGUGAUGCAUUCCAUACAUUCGAGGAAUUUACGUCGAAAUUAAAUGAAUAUUCAUCUACUACAAGCGCCGUAUUUUCCAUGGGUUGUACAACAAGAUUUAAAUCUAAAUUAAUUUAUAAAGCAAUUGAAUAUAAUUGUUGGCAUGGUGGUAAACAACGUAAACGGAGCAAAAGUCUAAAGCCACAUCAACAUCAUAUGGCCUUAGAUUGUGAAGCUAGAAUUCCUCUGUAUAAUGCCGAUGGAGUUCUAAAAACCACAAAAUUAGAACUAUGUCAUGAUCAUUAA